UGGUUUGUCAGCUGGUCCGGCGUCCUUUUGUGUUGUGUUUUUUUUUACAACUAUUUUUCUUCACCAGAAAAAUGCGGUAUUUUCUUAGUUUUUCUUUGAUUUUCUGUAUUAUUUUGUAUAUUGAAUGUGUUGAGUACUGUUAUAAGGGUGAUAAUUGUGAAUUCAAAGAAGAUCUCGGGAAAUAUUCCGACUCAAAUGAUCCCAUAUGGACUACCAUAGAAAAUAUGGAGAGAAAAUACACUCCCUGCGUUCAGGGUAAUUGCACGUGCAAUGAAUUGCAACUGCAGAAGGACUUUAGACCUUUCCUGUCCGGGAUUACGCCCAAAAUGCUCGAGGCUGUACGAAGUCGAGGAACAAGGUAUAAAAUUUUAGACCAUAGACUCUAUCGACAGCGUGAUUGUAUGUUCCCAGCACGAUGCUCAGGUGUGGAAUAUUUCAUAAAGCCACUGCUGGACAAACUUCCGAAUAUGGAACUGGUGAUAAAUGUGAGAGAUUGGCCACAGAUUUAUCUGCAGCAUAAUAAAAAUUCCGGACCGGUUCUCUCAUUCAGCAAGACUGAAGAAUAUGCUGAUAUUAUGUAUCCAGCUUGGGGUUUUUGGGAAGGGGGGCCAGCUAUAUCACUCUAUCCGACUGGCCUGGGCAGAUGGGAUAAGCAUCGUGAGGCAAUAUCUGAGGCAGCAAAGAGGAAUCCUUGGGAAGAAAAACAAGACAAAGCUUUCUUCCGAGGUUCACGUACGUCUGCCGAACGUGAUUCACUGGUGCUACUUUCUCGAGAAGAUCCGGAAUUUGUUGAUGCCCAAUAUACAAAAAAUCAAGCUUGGAAGUCUCCAAAAGACACCCUCAAUGCCCCACCGGCAUCUGAGGUGAGUUUCGAGGAGCACUGUAAAUACAAAUAUUUAUUCAAUUUUCGUGGAGUAGCGGCAAGUUUUCGUUUCAAACAUUUAUUUCUCUGUAAAUCUUUGGUAUUUCACGUGGGUGAUGAAUGGAAAGAAUUUUUCUAUGAUUCCCUCACACCAUGGGUUCACUAUAUUCCCCUCAAGUCCAAUCCUUCGACGGAAGAAAUUAGAAAUAUGAUAGAAUAUUUCAAGCGCAACGAUAAUUUGGCCAAGAAUAUAGCAGAAGAAGGUUUUCAGUAUAUUUGGAAUCAUCUCAGGAUGGAAGAUGUAAGGUGCUACUGGGAGAAAUUACUGAUGAAAUAUGGAGAAUUGAUGAUGGGAGAAAUUGUCCGGGAUGAGACACUUAUUGAGAUCUCAUAGCAAAACCACUUCAAAGUGCUGCUUGAUCGAACUGAAUGAGAAUCAACACGUAACUAGAAAUUCCAGCAAAGAUCUGCAACAUGAAAGACAGUUUUAUUCUUUCUGUACUGAUUUUACUGAUUUGUCCCAAUAAAUAAUUUUUUUUUAUAUGAAA